AUAUUGUUGCUAAGAAGCUUGGAAGAAGCAACCUUGAAGUUGCAGGAAAGUUAUUAAUAAAAACUUGUUCACAUCACAGCUCAUUACUCCAUCUUCUUUCCUUCCUUCCACUGCAGUAGCACUAAUCUAUCUAUAACUUAUUCAGAUGGCCAGCACCAGCAGCACCUCUUCAGCUUUGGUGACAUCAACAAGGAGAAACUAUUUUGAUGUGUUUGUGAGCUUUAGAGGUAAAGAUACUCGCUUCAAUUUCACCGAUCAUCUUUUUGCAGCCCUCCAAAGAAACGGUAUUUCUGCAUUCAGGGAUGACACUAAACUCAACAAAGGUGAAUCCAUAGCACCUGAACUCCUUCGAGCAAUAGAAGACUCUCAGAUUUUCAUUGUGGUUUUCUCUAAGAACUAUGCUUCCUCAACUUGGUGCUUGAGAGAAUUGGAACACAUCCUUCUUCACUGCAAUCAACCAUCGAAAAAACGUGUUCUGCCUGUUUUCUAUGAUGUUGAUCCGUCAGCGGUGAGACAUCAAAAAGGAACUUAUAGCGAAGCCUUGGCUAAACAUGAAGAAAGAUUUCAACAAGACUCUCAGAAGGUGCAAAGAUGGAGGGCAGCUCUAGCACAAGUCGCAGAUCUCUCUGGUUGGGAUGUACAUCAUAAGCCACAACAUGCAGAGAUUGAAAAGAUUGUUGAAGAGGUUAUAACGAUAUUAGGUAGAAAGUUUUCAAGUCUUCCAAAACAUUUAGUAGGGAUACACUCUCCUAUGCAAGAAUUAGAAAAGCAGUUACUUUUGGAUUCACUUGAUGACGUCCGCAUUUUAGGAAUUUGUGGGAUGGGUGGAAUUGGGAAGACAACUCUCGCUAAAGCUUUAUACAACAAAAUCUCUCAUCAAUUUGAUGUAUUUUGCUUUAUUGACGAUUUAAGCAAAAGUUAUAGGCAAGAUGGUCCGAUUAGUGCACAAAAACAAAUUCUACUUCAAACUGUAGGCAAUCAACAGCUUCAAACAUACAACUCUUGCAACGUAUCUAACCAGAUAGGAAGUAGGCUACAUCGUGUAAGGGCCCUUAUAACAAUUGACAAUGUUGAUCAAGUUAAGCAACUCGAGAAUUUAGAUCGUGAAUGGUUUGGUCCGGGGAGCAGGAUAAUUAUAAUUUCUAGAGACGAGCAUAUAUUAAAAGAGUAUGAAGUGGAUGUUGUUUACAAAGUUCCACUCUUGAAUCAAAAAGACUCUUUUCAAUUACUAAGUCGAAAAGCUUUCAAACUUGAUCAUAUUGUGAGUAGUUAUGAUAGGUUGGCAUUUGAGAUACUAGAUUAUACAAAUGGCUUGCCACUGGCAAUUGAUGUAUUGGGUUCAUUUUUGUUCGAUCGUAAUAUCUCUGAAUGGGAAAGUGCAUUGGCAAGAUUGAGAGAAAGGCCAAACAAAGAUAUCAUGGAUGUAUUGCGAUUAAGUUUUGAUGGGUUGGAGGAACCGGAACAAGAAAUAUUCCUUCAUAUUGCUUGUUUUUUCAAUCAUUACAAUGUGGAACAUUUUACGAAAGUCCUUAAUUGUUGUGGAUUUCAAGCUGAUAUUGGAUUGAGAGUUCUAAUUGAUAAAUCACUUAUAAGCCAUGUGGAAUAUAAUAAUUCUGUAAGGAUGCAAGGUUUGUUGGUUGAGUUGGGAAAAAAAAUAGCUCAAGAAAAAUCAAGAAAAUGGAGCAGGUUGUGGGAUAAAGAACAGUUCUACGAUGUUAAGUUGGAGAAUAUGGAAAAGAAAGUUGAAGCCAUUUGUACUGAACGUGAGAUGACGAUCAUAGCUGAAACAUUGUCAAAAAUGAGCCAUUUAAGACUUCUCAUACUGAACAGAGUUGAUUUUUUAGGAAACCUCAAUUGCCUUUCUAACGAGUUAAGAUACAUGGAAUUACAAGUUUAUCCUUUCAAGUAUUUUCCAUCAAGUUUUCAUCCUAAUCAACUUGUUGAAUUGAUCUUGAGUUAUAGCCGCAUCAAACAACUAUGGAAAGACAAGAAGUAUUUUCCCCAUUUGAGAAAUUUGGAUCUGAGCCACUCAAAAAAUCUACAAAAGAUGCCAGAUUUUAGAGAUAUUCCAAAUCUUGAGCGAUUAAGUUUUGAAGGAUGUGUAAAGUUGGUGCAGAUGGAUCCUUCUAUUGGGUUUCUAAAAAAGCUUGUUUUCUUGAAUUUGAAAGAUUGCAAAAAUCUAGCAAGCAUACCAAACAACAUAUUUAGCCUCAACUCUCUAAAUUGUGUAAAUCUUUCGGGGUGUCACAAAGUUUUUAAGAAUCAUAGGAAUUUGAAUAUAACUGCUGACACGUCAAAUUCCCAAUCAACUACCUCCUCCAUCUUGAAAUGGAAAGCAUUUCGUUACCAUUCCUUGAACUCUCAUGCACACAAAGAUUUAGCUAGUUGUUUGUUGCCUUUCUUGGUUAGCUUCUCUAGAUUGGUUGAACUUGAUGUUAGUUUUUGUGGUCUAAGCCAACUCCCUGAUGCAAUUGGAUGUUUACGUUGGCUACAAGAAUUAAAUUUAGGAGGAAACAAUUUUGUAACAUUGCCUAGUCUGAAGGAGCUUUGCAGACUUGCAUUUUUAAACUUGGAGCAUUGCAAGCUCUUGGAAUCUUUGCCUCAACUUCCUUUUCCUACUGCUAUUGAUCGGGGCCUUAGAAAGAACAAUUAUGAGAAUAAAAAAGGAUUGGUCAUUUUCAAUUGUCCUAAAUUGAGUGUAACGGAACUUGGAUGUACCGUCAUAUUUUCGUGGAUGAUACAGUUUAUUCAGGCAAACCAAGUAUUCUCUUCAAUCUAUGAUAUGAAUUGUUUUGUAGUCCCAGGAAGUGAAAUACCAAGUUGGUGCAAUAAUCAGAGUGAGGGUGAUUCAGUAAAAAUAGAUCUAUCUCCCAUUAUGCCAGGCAAUAACAAUAAUAUUACUGGCAUUGCUUUUUGUGCAAUAUUUUUUGUUGCACCUGUUGACCCAACUAUGACAACAUGUGUACAAAGACUUAAAAUAGAAAUGUAUAUUAGUGAUGGUCUAACUCAAAUGGCAUGGUUUAACAAAGCUCCAGUAGUUCUUGAAAGAGAUCUUAUUGAGAUCGAAUCAGAUCACAUGUGCCUAAUUUACUUCCCUCUGGAAACAAUUCUUCAUUGUCUGAAGAGUGUGGACGAAACUCUCAGUCAUCUUGAUCAAUUUAAGUUGUGGCUUAAAAUUGAUUAUGGUAAAGGCCGAUGUGAGGAUUUGAAUUGUAAGGUUUUGAAGUGCGGGUAUCAUUGGGUAAAUAAACAACACCAAGAGUCUCUGUCGAAACUCCAUAGCUGGGAGCUGCAAGUUUUUGGCAAUUGAAGGUGAUUAUAUUAAACCAUAAUGAAACAAAUUUGUAACAAUUGUAACUUAAUGAAUAGUGAAUGCACUAUUUCUAGAGCUACUAAUCUGGUCAAGGGAUCAAAUGAUAGAAUUACUCAUUCUGUAAGGUGUCUGGAGACCCAGAUUCUAGAAUUCAUUCCAUUAUUUUCUUGUUAGAAACA